GCUCGCGACCUCGUCUCUUCUCUCUCACCCUCGCUUUCAUCUAACAUGCGUGUGAAAACGUGUCGAAAAAUGUUGAUUACAUGUUGGAAAAUUCGACACGCAUUUGACCGCGUGUCCGACGCGCUCCGAUACGUGUCGGACACUACACGGAAGCAUGUUGCACGUGUCUGUGCUUCAUAGGUUAUAGUCGAUCUUCCUUCACUGAACCCUCCCAAUUAGCUCUUUUUAGAGAAGCCCGGUUCUCUUGUGGAUGAGUACAGCUGAGAGAACCGGUCUAGAGAUGGAAUUCAACGGAAGUCAGGCUCUAAUCAUCAUCCUUGCUUUGAUUGUAGGAGGAAUCAUUGUCCUGGGACAACUCAAGAAAUCAAAGAGGAAGGACUCGGAGUCAACCUCAAAACCAGAGGAUGCGUCUGGAGAAGAGAUCGAGGUGUUAAGGAGGGACUCGGAGGAUACCUCAAGAGCGGACAAUGUUUCUGGAGAAGAGAUUGAGGCAUUAAGGAGGGACUCAGAAGAUACCUAGAGAACGGACAAUGCGUCUAGAGAAGAGUACGAUGUGUUUUUAAGUUUCAGGGGAAGUGACACACGCCUAAACUUUACUGAUUACCUUUACCACAGCUUGAAACGUGUGGGGAUCCGUGUUUUCCUUGACAGUGAAGAACUGGAAGAUGGUGGAAAAGUCAGUGAAGUUUUGAAGGCAGUGAAUGAGUCUCGAAUCUAUAUACCCAUCUUCUCUAAAAAUUUCGCUUCAAGUGCAUGGUGUCUCCGUGAGGUAGAACGCAUGGUAGAACAUCAUUUAAAAUCAAAUGGGAAGAAAGUGAUCAUCCCCAUUUUCUGUGACGUGAAGCUGGACGAUGUGAAGCUCCAAACCAAAUUGUACACUAGUGCUAUACUCGAGCACAAACAGACGAAGAAGUUUGCCUCCAAAGUAGUACAGCAGUGGGAAAGUGCCCUUCGAACGGUUGGAAAGAUAAAGGGACAGGAACUUCAUAACAAACGCCAAGGAGAACAAAUUGAAUCGAUUGUUAAUGAGGUUUACCAUAAGCUUAAUACCGGACACAUGAUUGUGACUGAACAUUUGCUUGAAGAUAAUACUCAGCUGGAAGCCAUAAUGAAAUUGUUGGAUGUUAACUCUGAUGGUGUACGUUUCGUUGGUAUCCACGGCAUGGGUGGUAUUGGGAAAACAACUCUUGCCACAGUUUUGUACAACAGAUUAUCUUCUCACUUUGAAGGCUGUAGUUUCCUUCGAGACGUUCGAAAAAAUUGGCAAAAUCCUAAUGGUUCUUUAGACUUGCAGAAAAAGCUCUUAUCAGAUUUUGUCGGUUCUAGCAUUAUUGACCGAAUUAAAGAUGUUGAUAGUGGGAUUAAGAUGAUCAAAAGUGUGUUUGGCAAUAAAAAAGUCAUCAUUGUGCUUGAUGAUCUAGACAAGAAAGAGCAACUAGAAAAGCUAGCUGGGAAAAUUGAUUGGUUUGGUUCUGGUAGCAGGAUCAUUAUCACCACCAGAGAUGAAAGAAUCCUGAUGACCCAAGUGAAAUCAUCCAGUAAAGAGGACCAAAAUCAUCCCAAAGAAAUUGCACGUUAUGCAGUUCGUGAAAUGGCAUUUGAUCGAGCACUUUUGUUGUUUUGUAAGCAUGCUUUUAGAAGUGACUCUCCUAUAAAAGGUUAUGAGGCUCUUUCAGAAGAUAUUGUUCGUAAAGUGGCUAGUCUUCCUUUGGCUAUUGAGGUGAUAGGUUCUUAUCUCUAUGACUAUGGCUUUUGCUUGGAUACACAUAGAGAUCGCAUAAAGCUAUGGAAAGGGACGUUGGAGAAGUUAGAUGAAGGUCCUUAUGAGGAUGUUCGAAAGGCAUUAAAGAUAAGUUAUGACGAAUUGGAGAAAGCGGACAAAGAAGUAUUUUUGGAUAUUGCUUGCUUUUUCACUGACGAGGACCAAACUUAUCCAGUUAUCAUGUGGGAUGAUGGUUGUGGUGACCGUUCUAUGAAUGCAAUUCUUAAGCUCCAACUACGGUCCUUGAUAAAAAUUAAAAAUAAGAAGUUUUGGAUGCAUGACCAAAUUCGAGAUCUAGGAAGGUACAUCGUCCGUGAAGAAUAUCCUUGCAAAGAAAAUCCUAGCAAAUUUAGUAGGGUGUGGACUCAUGAAGUUGCUGUAGAACUUCUGGAGAGCAAAAAGAAAAAUGAACAUGUAGAAGCACUAAGCCUGACUUCCAGUGGCUGCAGCUACGACUUAGCAAAAGAAAAAUUAGCUGAUCUACCAGAACUAAGAUUCCUUCGAGCAAAAGGCUCGCAAUUUUCAGGCGACUUCAAGAAUCUUCUUCCAAAGCUAAGAUGGCUUUCUUGGCAGACAUGGCAAACGAAUGUCCAGGCAAAUAACUUUCACUUUAGUAAAUUGCUUGUGCUCAACCUUACCGAUAGCACUAUUGAAGAUGACUGGGAUGGGUGGAGCCAAAUGAAGGUACGAUAUGCCUUUAUAUACUUCUUUCUAUCAUUACCUCAUUCGUGAUAAUAGCAGCAAGAUAUAUAUUUUACUUAUUUGUAUCAUUACCUCAUAUGAUUGGCAUAAUGGUUACAUGCACUCCCUAUCUUAUUGGAGUGAAGAAUAUAUUUUGCAUGAGA